AUGGAAGCGGCGAACCAGGUGCAAGUGGAACUGCAACCCGAAGUUGCACCCGAAGCACCCGCAGAAUCCGUGGACAAGACUGAAACUGAAACGCAACCCACAGCGCAACCUGAGACGAAGGCGGAUGUUGAGGCGGAGGUGGCACAGGAACCGGUGAAAGUACCCGAAGAGGAGGCUGUUGCCGUACCCGAGCAGCAGUUUGCAAUCGCACAAUCACAGGAAGCGGCGAACCAGGUGCAAGUGGAACUGCAACCCGAAGUUGCACCCGAAGCACCCGCAGAAUCCGUGGACAAGACUGAAACUGAAACGCAACCCACAGCGCAACCUGAGACGAAGGCGGAUGUUGAGGCGGAGGUGGCACAGGAACCGGUGAAAGUACCCGAAGAGGAGGCUGUUGCCGUACCCGAGCAGCAGUUUGCAAUCGCGCAAUCACAGGAAGCAAAAAAUCUGGUACAAGUGGAGCUGCAACCCGAAGUUAUGCCUAAGGCACCCGAGGGAUCCGUAGACAAGACAGAAACUGAGACGCAACCGUCAACACCGCCUGAAGCGAAGCCGGAUGUUGAACCAAAGUUACCACAGGAACCGAUGCAAGUACCCGAAAAUGAAGGUAUUGCCGCACCCAAGCAACUGGUUACAAUCGCCCCCAAGACAAAAGCAGCAGCCAACUUGGACAAAAAUGAGAGACAGAGGAGGUUGAGGAAGUGGAGGGGGACAGUGCGGAAUGCCUUAAAGCGGGUGAUGGAGGGACGAAACCCGAGGGCAAGAAACGGCAGGCGGGGUCAAGAGCGCAAAGCCAAAUAACUCUGCACCGAUUGUCGCCGUCCGAUAUCUGCAAGCCGAGUUUUUCUACUCAGGUAGCGGAAAAUUUC